AUGAGCAGCCCCGACGCCGCCGCAAGAGACAAGUUCUACGAGGACCCGUACGUCCUCUUGGCGACUGUGUCGAAGGCGGACAAGUUGAUUGUCCUUGGCGACUUUAACGUCCGCGUCGGCACCGACCAUACUGCCUGGAGGGGAGUGCUGGGUCCCCACAGUCUCCGCGGCUCAAACGACAAUGGUCUGCUGUUGCUCCGCACCUGCGCAGAACACCGCCUCAUCCUGACGAACACGUUCUUCUGUCUGCCGGAGCGAGAGAAGACCACCUGGAGGCAUCCUCGGUCGCGUCAGUGGCACCUGCUGGACUAUGUCCUCGUCCGGAGGCGAGAUCAGCGGGACGUGCUGGUGACGACGGCGAUCGCGGGUGCUGACGGGUGGACCGACAAUCGCCUCCUCAUCUCGAAGAUGCGUAUUCGCCUACAGCCUCGCAGGAGACCACAAGGUAAGCGACCCCCAGGUAAGCUGAAUGUUGCCUUGUUGUCUUUGCCCGUUCAUCAUCUUCAUUUCAGCAAUGAGUUCGCUCAACGGUUAGCCAACCUUUCCAAUCGCUGCCGCCUACGACGCCGCCGCCGCUGCCGAGAACGCCCCCGUGGAGAACCGCUGGUGUCAACUGCGAGACACGGUCCAGGCGACGACGCUCGCCGUCCUCGGUCGCGCUCCCCGCCAACACCAGGACUAGUUCGACGACAACGACGCCGCCAUCAGAAAUCUGCUUGCUGAGAAGAACCGCCUACACAAAGCCUACGUAGAUCACCCCACAGAGGACAACAAAGCUGCCUUCUGCCGCAGUCGCCGCCAGCUUCAGCAACGACUGCGCGAGAUGCAGGACGCCUGGACUGCUCGCAAAGCUGAGGAGAUCCAAGGGUACGCGGACCGCAACGAAUGGAAGAACUUCUCUGCGAGCAAAGCUGUCUACGGUCCGCCGACGAAGGGCACUGCUCCUCUCCUCAGCGCCGACGGCAGCACUCUCCUUACUGAGAAGACGCAAAUCCUACAGCGAUGGGCCGAGCAUUUUCGAGGCGUCCUCAACCGCCCUUCCGCCAUCUCUGACGCCGCCAUCGAGCGCUUGCCGCAAGUGGCGACCAACGCGGACCUCGACCUUCCGCCAUCUCUCCAGGAAACGAUCAGGGCCGUGCAGCAGCUCUCCAGCGGGAAAGCACCCGGAUCGGACGCAAUCCCUGCUGAGGUCUACAAGCACGGAGGUCCCCAACUGAUGGAUCACCUGACUGCGCUCUUCCAGGAGAUGUGGCGUCAAGACGAAGUGCCGCAAGAUUUCAAGGACGCAAUCAUCGUGCAUCUCUGCAAGCGAAAAGGAAACCGACAACUCUGCGACAAUCACCGUGGCAUCUCCCUGCUGAACAUCGUCGGGAAGAUCUUCGCUCGCAUCCUCCUCAACCGUCUAAAUAAUCAUCUGAAACAAGGCCUUCUGCCGGAAAGCCAAUGCGUCUUCCGUCGUCAUCGUGAGACCACGGAUAUGAUCUUCGCCGCCCGCCAACUGCAGGAGAAGUGUCAGGAGAUGCGGACUCACCUGUACUCUACCUUCGUGGAUCUGACGAAAGCCUUCUACACGGUGAAUUGUGAAGGACUGUGGAAGAUCAUGCAGAAAUUCGGCUGUCCGGAGCGAUUCACUUAG